GUUUGGUCCAUCUCGUCAACUUUACAUUUUUGUCGUAAUAUAAAUUAGGAGAACAGUGUUCAAUUUGUGGCGCGGCAAUGUCCAAUGUCUUUGAAGGUAGAAACGAGAAGCUCAUCAAGCUCGUCCGGAAGCAUCCGGAACUGUACGAUCAACAGCACGCCAAGUACCAUGACGCAAAACGCAAGAACCAAGUUUGGAACACAAUCGGAGCGCUCAUGGAGGAGGAGGGUUUGGCCUGCAAAAGCCGCUGGAAAAACAUACGGGACCAAUACCGCAAGAAUGUAAAAAAGCACGGAACGAAAACACCGCCAUACAAGUUCAGCAGAUAUUUGAGUUUUCUCAAGGAAUUCACCGAUGGUAACGAAACCGAAGAAAAAUCGACCCAAUCUGCCGCUGAUUCGGACCACGACGAUUUCUUCAAUGAGUUGAUCAUGAAAAGCGAAACCAUGGAACCCAGUGCUGUAGAAGCCCCGACAGACAGCUAUGCCGACGUCACUGGGUCUGUCCCAAAGAAAGCAACCACCCGGAUCGUCAGGAGAAUUAAAAGACCUGAAUGGAAUCGGAUUUCAGCCAAACCUACGUCCUCUACGACAAGUUCGCCUCGAGUGAUGGAAUUCUUGCUGCAGCAACUGGAAGCUACCCAGAGUCCAAGCUCGGUAGAUGCAUUCCUAGCUGGGAUUGCCCCGACCCUGAAGAACCUACACCCCUACGAAUGGAAUCAGGCGAAAUUGGAGAUAUUUUCAAUCGUCCACAAGUACGAACUGAAGAUGCUGACCGAAACGUCACCCUUGCUCUACCCGGAUCGCCGCUCGGCAACGUGAAUGGCGGUGGGAGUUUUCAUUUGACUGCGAUCUGCGAUAAUGUAUUUUAGUUUUUAAUCUAAGCUAAUUACUUUUCGAAUAAAUUCCAAGCCUUGGGUCACGGUGCGGAAUUUGAAUCGAAAAAGUUCAUUCGUUUUGAAUUCCGCAAUGCGACACUUGUGUUGGCUGUAAAUCCGCGUUUUGAUUUUCAAUUAAACGCUGGUAGAAAAAAAAAAGCCAAAACUGCUUGACAAAGUGGUCUAUUCGUUCAAGAACGAAGGAUCCAGAUUUGAAGGCAUUAGGCAUAGCCAUUUUGACGACAAACUUGAAGAAGACUUCCGAUGGCUUGUUGAAUUUUAUGCGGACGUGUGAAUAUUUAAGA